UUUCGCAAUACUCCCAGGUUCGGCUUAGUGAGAACUAAACAAUAACAGCGUGUGUCGGUGCUUCCGUCCUGUUUUAGACACGAUUCACGUGUUUAAUCUCACGACGUGUGGAUGGUGGACAAGGUUUAAGCCUUGAUAAGGAGCGUACAGGCGCGCAGUCGCAACCAGCCGCAACCAGCUUGUAGACAGCAUUCGGCACCACCGGCAGCCUGCGAAGGUGCAGACGUGAGCGCGAGAGAGAGGCAGCAGAUCCAAAUGAGCAAGCAGCCGCAGCAGAAGUUAACCAACACAGAUCAGAACGGAGUGAGCGUCAUACAGAGCCAGGCUCAUAGCGUCGCAAACUCUACAGGAGCUACAGCAGGACUGCAGCAGGUACCACAACUCGUUCCAGUAAGCCCCGGAGGAGGUGGCAAAGCCACGCCACCCAGCAAGAUGAAGAAGACAAACAUGGACAAGGACAGCGAGGAGUACAGGCAGCGGCGCGAGCGCAACAACCUGGCCGUGAAAAAGAGCCGCAUGCGCAGCAAGCAGAAGGCGCAGGACACACAGCAGCGCGUCAACGAGCUCAAAGAGGAGAACGAGAGAUUGGAGGCCAAGAUCAAGCUGCUUAGCAAAGAGCUCAGUGUGCUCAAAGACCUGUUCCUGGAGCACGCGCACAACCUGGCCGACAACGUGCAGCCUGCUACCACGGCAACAGUCACCCCAGGAGACCUCUGUAACAACAACAAUAACAACCAGUGAGAUCGAGUCACACUUUAGAGGCUGCAACUCUGUACCAUAAUAUCUCGUUUAACCUUUUCUUAAAGGAAAUUUUCAAGAAUUUCCUAUUUUUUUAGGCCAUUUGCAUUUCAGAAGAAUGAAGCUUUCCCUCUAGGCAUCAGAUAAAUUACUUUUAAUGAAAUAAUAAACUUUUUUUAAACAUUUUGGACCAUAAGAUAAAAAAAAAAAAAAAUAGGAUUCGGAUCAGAAUCGGCCGUUUUUCUCUCAGCUCACUGGUUUUCUGUGAUUCCUAUCAUUCUUUUGCUUCAUUCAGAAUUGUUCUCCUUCUGACACGGUGUGUAAAUAAGCGUGGAGGGAAUGCGGAAAAGCAUUAGCAGAGCUUAGGAAUGCCGUAGGGUCGGAUUUUGUUCUGUUUAAGACUACAGCAAGUCACCAGGCAAGAUGUAAUUUUUUAUUUUUUUUUUGUUUGUUUUUUUGUUUUGGAUGCUGCUUUUUGCAAACACCUCGCCGCAGGUCCGCAGCAGCUUGUCAGGUCCAUAAGAACUGCUCCAAACACGUUCGGGCAAAUCGUUCCGAGUCCCACGAGGCAACGGCAAAGAUGAGGAAAAAGGAGCAGUGUCCUGGAAAAUUGAAACGAUACCUUAGGGCUGUUUUUAAGGGGCUUCCCCUGUCUCCUUGUACGACAUCUUUUUUGGUUCAACUCUGAAGAUGUUCCUGAAACCAGGAGUCGAGUCAGUCAGCGCUGGACGUGCACAAUUGUGGAAUUUAGACUUGUCGUGUAAAUUGGGUUAACAUUCAGCUCUGGUGAAAUGAAAUUGCAGGGGUGGACGAUAAAUAAACAAACGCCGUUCCUUCUAAAAGUAACGUUUCCGUAUUGAAACGCGGCGUGUUUUGUGUGACGUGUCUCGAUUCGCUACUAAGCUCUUCUACUGCACGCGUCGGUUCGAGACGCGAUCUCGUGUUUAUUUACUCAAAGUUUUUUAAUUAGCGUACACAGACGACUUUUUAAUAUCAGAUACGCACAGCUGUGUCUCAAACCGUGCAGCACGUGCGACCUGUCACGAGUCGCGACGACAGAACGUCACGUCUCGUGCUUUAAACGUCGACUGACGACUUUUUUUUAACGUUCCACACACGCCGUGCUACAUGACCUUAAUCGCGUCAACGGUUCCUCUUAACGUACUCGAUGAGUCGCCGUUCGAUGCGUUCUAGUCGUCAGCUGGGUUUCCAGGUAACCAGAAAACACAGGACCGGGACGUGUUUGUGGUUCGUCCACCCCUAAAUUACAUACCGAUGUAAAUAAUGUUGGAUUUAUUUUUUUUGUUGUUGAACAAUCCAUCAGAUUAUUCAAAAGAACCAGAAGCUUUUUUUUUUUUUUUUUUUUUGAGACGGCGUGCUCCUGUCCUGGGACAGAAAGAACCAGACAGCGUGCUGAGCAUGUUGCAUCAGACCCAAGAGCAGACAGCAGACAGUGCUGGCGUUAACAAAAGCCGUUAAAUUGCACUUGAGCCUCAAACCCUUCUUACAAAACUAUCCUGGGCAUAGAUAAAUAGACAGACGGACAGAAAGAAAGAGAAGGAGGGAGGAAGAGAGAGAGAGUGGGUGGGACGCAUGCUGUCUGGGGUGUUGGUCGAAUUUAAAAAAAAAAACAAAAAAAAAAAAAAAAAAAAAACCAAACUGAUUUCAUCACGGCGGCACCCCCUGGUCCGGCCUGUCUGCGUCUCGGUCUGACGCGUGUUUGUGUUUUUGUUCGCUCAGUACAUAGCGAAGGCUUAGACACCGAGGGCGGACCGUCGCUGACUCAUCGAUUAAGCUUCCUAAAAACACAGAAGUGUGCAGUGAUUUUUUUUUUUUUAUUUUUAUUUUUUAAAUAGAUGUUUAGCAUAAUUCCUUCAUUAUCGCUCGUUUACGUUUUGCUUCCUCGAUCCUCUGACAGCCAAAAAUCUUUGUAGCAUUUCUACACUGACUUUUUUUGUACCUCAGGCUACACCACUAAAGAGACUUUAGUGUAUUUGUAAACCUGUUUAAAAGAGAAAAAAAAAUAAAUAAAUAAAUAAAAACACAGUAGAUAAGGCGAUCUAGGUGAUAGCGAUAACUUCAACAUCUUUUCUCUGACUCUUUUUGUAAUAUCCUUUUGUCAUUUUCUAUAUCUUUUAGGUAUCAAAGGUUUGGAAAAAAAAAAAGCAUGAUGCAUGGUUAUAGCACUGUUCUGAGGAAAAUAAAAUGCACGACACGUCGGAUUCGGCUUUAACACGGGAGCGGCGUGAAAAGAAAAAAAAAAAACAAAUCAAAGAAACUAUUAUAUCGUCCAUGUUACGUUCCUCAAAUAUUUGAUUAGCAUUUUUGCUGAAGUAUGAGCGUUGCUGGCCAACUUGCUUUUUUAUAUAAGACGGGGUUAUUGUGCAUUGUAAAUUAAACUUGAUUAUAAAAUGUCAA